AAGGUGGUAAAAGCAGCAAUUGUGCUUGUAGUUAGUCUGUGAGAAGGAGACGAGAGAAUAUUGUAUUUGCUAGUUCUAAAGGGGUUUUAUGAAGGUGACCCCACACACAUGCUGUGAAUAGACUGAUUUUCCAGAAUGCCCUUGAUUCUGAUUUCCGCAAUCGUUUUGAUUUUUCUGAAUGUCAACUUGGACAACAUUCCUUUAUGACUGGGAGAAAGUGCACAUACUUUGAGAAGCAUAAGAAGGUUGAGGACAACAUCUAUGAGCUGAUUGUGCAGGUCCUAAGUGGCUCACCCCUUUGAGAAAAAGAUUUUCUCGGUCUGAGGAGAAUAGAGUUUGAUGUCUGUCUUCUGCCUUCAAGACAAAUAAUCCUAGUGAACCUAACCGAAGCAAGCAUCUCUGUCUUUUUUUCUUUUGAUUUGUUAUCUACUAUUACUUAUUUUCCAGAGAUUUGGACCAGGUCUAUUUAAGAAUACCCGCAAUUUACUGUGUUGACUCUUUUAGCAGAAAUUAUUUAUCAGACUUCACUUCAGAUGUGCCAUUAAUGUCGAAGUGACCCAUUUAUCUGCAGCUGUCAACUAAAGAUACUCUGAUUUCCUGCUGCUGAGAUUUCAAGAUAAAGCAGUUGUACUUUGUGUGGAUCUAUGCUGUAUGUUAUUAGCUAUAAACGAAGGCCACAGUUGAUAUGACACUGUCAUUGGACUGCGUAUCCUCUGCAUGAAUCAUCAACAUGACUUACUAAGAUGUACUUUGGGCUUAAGGUGACCAAUAGGAAAGUGUUUCAGCUGCAUUUUACGUUCACACAAUUUAAAUUUCUAACACCUGAGAUAAAGGUAGAUUGUUUUUCUCUGUUUAUCUGGAUCUGUGAUGCUUCCACAACUCCUUGUGUAUGGAAAAGAAAUGCCUGGAAUUAGUGCGAAAGCUGCUCUGCCGACUGUAGCCACCCCAUUCUAAGAAGACAUUCUAAGAAGGCACGGAAUUCUGUAUACUGCCACUUACAACACUUUUUCUGUGACCAAAAUUCCUGUUGGAUUUUUUUAAUUAACAGUAAUCAGUCCCUUUCAUCCAGCUGUGUGGACCACAAAAAUAUAUCCAGGAGACCUAAUGACAGUAUAGGAGUUAGAUAUACAAACAAAGCACACUUGUGUAAAACAAAGAAAUAUGGAGCACUGCUGUCAGCAUUCUUAAUUCCAGUUUUAUGUUUGUAACCAUGUAGAAAUAACAAGAAACAAUGAUUCAGGAAGUGAAUCUGAAUAAUUUUACUGGGCUUGAACGGGAAAGCAUUUUGAAGGUCUUGUAUCGAGAUCAGGAGCUACGUGAAACUGAAGCAAAACGGAUAAGGAGACUUAAGUCAGAAUUGCAGCAACUUCGAAAGAAGGGGGUAGUAGAUCUUUCAGCAGAAUAUAAAGAGAAGUCAUGUGCUCGAUGUCAGAAGGCACUGGGACUGUUGAUCAACAGUGGUGCAGUGUGCAAAGGAUGCAGCCAUCGUGUGUGUGCACAGUGUCGGGUCAUCGUACACCCAAGACUGUGGAAGUGCACCGUCUGUCAUGCUCAUGGGGAAGUAAAAGUCAAAUCUGGUGAAUGGUUCCUUUUGGAACGAGCAAAGAAGUUUCCAGAUGAAGAAGGUGACUUUGAAUCAGUUGGUACAAUGCUUCUGCUAUCCUACCAGAAAAUGAGUAAGAUUUCUAUUGUACCUCCCACUCCACCGCCUUUCAUCGACGACAUGUCUGUGGGCACUUCAAAGGGAAUUCGUGAACUUCAGGGAUUUACCAGAUCAGUGGAGAACUUGUUUCUUUCUUUCACAUCUAACAUGAAAAAAAUCUCAAAAUCACAGAAUGAUGUGAUGGCCAGUGUCUCAAAGAAACACCUGACUACUGAUUAUGGGCAGGAUGUGUUGGAGCCAAGAAAGGAACGAAGAAGCCAGUCAGACACAGCCAUUAACUUCCCCGUGAAGUUUAUUAAGGCACCAAGUCUUCCAGAUAUUGCAAGGGCAGAAAAGAGAAGAGCAUUAGAAGAUGGUGAUGCUGCCACACACAGUGAUGAAGACAACGUCAGAAGCAAAACACUGUACUCCAAACAUCGGAAACCUAGCAGUGCUUACAGUCUAAGCAGUACUUGUACAGAGGCCAGUUACUGUGAAGAUACGUCGAUCACUGGAGAAGUCGAGCUGGCUGUGGCAUAUAAUUUCAAGUCCUGCACCUUGGACAUCAAUAUCAGAGCGUGCAAGAACAUAGGAAACACAGAUGAAAAGAAGAAGAAGUAUAAUCUAUAUGUCAAGACUUAUUUGCUUCCAGAUAGAUCUCCUCAUGGCAAAUUGAAAACUACAGUCAAGAAGAACUCAGUGGAUCCAGUUUUCAAUGAAACAUUAAAGUACAGUAUUGACCGCUCACAACUGGAAACUCGAAUUCUGCAAGUGUCAGUAUGGCAUUCAGGAGCACUUACAAGAAAACUGUUUUUGGGAGAGGUCCUUAUCCCUUUCGAGACUUGGUGCUUCGAAGAGAAUUCCACACAGACAUUCAAGUGGUACAAGCUGAAAGCAAAGCCUGAUGAAAAUGGAGACUGCCUAGCACAGUACAGUGGAGAACUUCAAGUCAAAGCAAAGUUUGUUUUGUAUACCCAGGAACAAAAACCUCAAUCAGGAAAUGAAGGAUCAUCAGGCAGGCGAAAGAGCCUUGUUGAAAGUGGUCAGCUGAUUGUGAUUGUUGUUGGUGCAAAGAAUUUAUCGUCCGUGAGAUCUGACGGCACUACAACCACAUUUGUAAAAGGUUGCCUUACUCUUCCAAACAACAGAGAGCUGAAGCAAAGAAGUCCUACAGUAAAGAAGCAGACGGAUCCCCAGUGGAAACAUCAGUUUGUGUUUGACAACAUUCCCAGGCCAGAGCUGCAGCGUUCCUGUCUUGAACUGACAGUGUGGGAUCAGGGAUCGUUGGGCCUAACAGACCGCUUCUUGGGUGGGGUCCGACUGUGCACAAGUAAAAUGCCACUGGAUGUCAGCAGUACAGAAACAUCUUAUUCAACUUUUGUCUGGAAUCAGUUACUGGACCAGACUAAUACAUGGAUAGACUUCAGUGUUAUACUUCUUCCAAAUAUGGAUCCUUCAAAUGUCUAAGUUUAGGACUGCUUCAGUCCCACAUAGGUAGAAUGUUCUCAUUGUGUGCGAAAUACAUGAAGAAAGCUGUGAGCAUCACAGAGAAUGCUUGUUCCCCACAUGUCCCGUACAUCAGUCCUUCAUGUCAUGGGGAGUCCCUUGGCAGAAGAGUUGCAGGGAGAAUCAUGAAAAAGCACUGGUUCGCUUAUGAGAAGGCCUUUUCCAUCUAAAAGCAGUGAAGCUUUCUCCAUUAACUAACUGUAUUUCCUGAGGAAUAUUCAGCACUUAAACCAAUGGUGCAUUUAAUAUCAUUACUUUGUUUCUCACACUGAAUCUCUUGUGGCACAACUUCCAGGCAAUAGCUAUAAUUCUGAAUUCCAUUAUGUAACAAUUUCACUGAUUAAAGGCCACUGUAUGGUCAUUAUAUCCAUA